AUGGAAGACCAGGAGCUCAACGAGGAUGACCUCCUGGAGGAAUUUACCCGCAGCGGGGAGGGCUACCGCGCCGACCACCCCGAGGAAGGUGACUGCACGCCACUGGAUGAAGAGGAAGAGGAAGAGGAAGAGGAAGAGGAGCCCCCAGAGAGCGGAGGACCGGCCGCCGAAUGGGAGUGGAACCCCCCUGCGAUGGGUGCUUCCCAUGAGGCCAAGCUCAGGGAGUUGCUCAGGAAUUUGUGUCUGACGGAGGUGAGAAUCUACUCGGAGGCUUCGAAGGAGUUUGUUGCGCUUCUGAAAGGUGAAUCUGGCGGGGACUUCCUGCUGGGGUACGUCCGGGGUUCGCCCAGACUCUCGGAGCUCCUCGAGGCGUGGAGGAUUCGUCAGGGGAAACCCGGGAUUUCCCACAUCCUCACGCUGGUUGCAGCCGUCGUUGCUCACCCGUUUGGGAGGUCCCGCACCAGCGGCAUUAGUCGGAAUAUUGACAAUUUUGCGCGUUCUAUCAUCACGUCCAAAUUGGAGGAUCUUUAUGUGGAAUUGAAGAGUGAGGAGGGCAGGCGCCAGGCGGCCGCGCUUUUCCUCCUAGCUGCUAUAGUGAGGCGUGGUGUGAUCCUCGCAUCGGAGUUGGCGAAGCACUUCCGCUUCGACCUUCCCGUGCUCACAAAGCUCUCAGGUGCACAGAAGAAGAAGGGGGGAAGGGAAGCGAAACGUCGGACGUGUCGAUCAACGAGGCGUGCCUUUGUUGAGUUUGCUGUGUCCUUUCUGGAAGCCGGAAAUCCGCGGCUGCUGAGGUGGAUAUUGCAGCAGAAAGACAUGUAUUCUGGUGUCCUCCGUGGGCUUGGGAGCGAUGACGAAGAGACCGUUGUUUACGUGCUGUCCGCAUUGCGGGACAAAGUCCUCUGUGCCGAUUCAUUAGUCCCCCCUGGACUCCGAAGUGUCCUGUUUGGGAGUGCGACUCUCGAGCAGUUGAGCUACAUAUCAGGGAAUCCCGACGGUGGGUAUGCUUCUGACGUGGCGCACGAGGUUCUGCUAGUUGUUUGUACAGAUCCUUGUAAUGGGUUGAUGCCAUAUGGAAACUUGAAAGGGAAUGUCAAGCGACUCUCAGAUCUCAUGAAGAAACUGAAGGCCACUGAGAGUAUGAAACACAAGGAACUGCUCUUGGCCAUCGUGAAAGGCAGGCCGCUCCUGUGUUCAUCAUACAUGAAUGAGUUUCCUUAUCAUCUUGAGCCACGUGCAUCACCUCAAUGGUUAGUUCAUUUGAUUGGUGCUGUUGCAGUUUUUUUUUUAAUUCAUUUAUUAUUGCAAUCUUGAUAAACUCUGUGCAGGUAUUCUGCCAUUUCCCUUGCAGCAGAUUUGAUCUCAGCCGUGAAUUUCUGCUCAUCUUUUAGUUUCCUUGAGGCCUCUAAGACUAGUGACCCUCCUUGUCUGGAAACUACGGAAGUCCAAUGUAUCUUGAAAUGCAUACUGCCUUGCUCUUGCACUCGGUCAGUGAUCAAUAAAGGCUUACUCCACUCUGACAUACUUGUGAAGCAUGGAUCAAUAAGACUUCUUUUGGAGGCACUAAAGUUAUUGGAUAGUCUUAAUAGUUCUAUAGAUGGCUUAUUGGAUAGUAUGCAUCCAAAACACUCUCCUGAAGUAACUGGGGAAACUGACUUACGUUGUCUGAGGGAUUUUCUCUGUUUUUCUGAGGCUGAUAAAUGUAAUAUUGGGGAGAAUGACUGUAGAAGCUCCAGUGGCGAUGCAUACCUACAGAAAUGGGUCUCCUUCAGAGGACAGAUUCAGGAUGAGGUCAGAUCAGUGCUGCCUGAUGCGCAAGUUCUGUUGAAGUUACUCACAUCAUUUACUAACGAGACCUCAGGAAUAUCCAGUUUCACUCUGAAGAGAUGUUUAAACUCUUCAAAUGCAGCCCGGAAAAAGUCAAAAUCCGAUCCAUGUAAGGCUGUUGCAGAGGUCGAUAUUGUUGUUAGUGCUAUAGAUUCUGUUGACAUGGCUGAGGAUUAUGAAAGAGUUAUAGAUGUUGAUGCUGCAGACACAGAAAAACAGGCUAUACUGGCUUUGGCUGAGAUAUGGGGUCCAAAUCUUGAUGUGAAUGUGAGCAAAACAGAGAAUAUAAUGUCCCUCUUUCAUGCAAAGCUACUUGAUGUUCUUAAACUUUAUCUGGUAGGUGUUUUCUUUUUUUCAUUUUCAAAAAUGAUUCUUAGUUUUGUCAAUUGCUAGUUUCAAGAAAAACCAAAUCAUUCCUGGUAAAUCCAAUAUUUUAGUGUCGUCUACACACUUUCUUUUCCCCUCCAUGUCUCAUUAUAUGAAGAGCAUGUGACCUUACUUUUGAGGUGAGGUCUCAUGCCAACUAGCUGAUGGGGGUUAGGCUUACACUUCUACCUACUGCACUAUUUUUAUUUAGAUGCUUACCUUUUACCAAAGAUGUCCUGUGGGAUGGAAAAUAUUCUGUGGUUCCAAAUAUCUAAUAGCUAUUUUAUGAUGUUGUACAAAUUUGGAUGCUAUAUAGUUUUAGAAUAUAUGAUAUGUGGUACUUCAGCUGAACGUUAUAAUACGUUGAUCUUAAGCACCCAUUUCUAUCUUUGAUGUACCAUUGUCUCUUAUGAGAUGUUGCUAGUUAGUCACCUGUGUUUUGGGUCUCCCAUGGGGUGCUUUGAUUUUAUUUUGUACGUUAUAACUGCACAAUGUUGAUGCAUAUGGCAGGUAUUGUAUUUUGACUUGCUGUUGUUUUGAGAGUUGUACAAGCGUUGGAUUAGUGUGAUGCAAAUUUGACCCUGAUUUACAUCGACCGACUUUCCUCUAGACGAAUCUCCUUUAAAGUACCUUUUUUUAAUUUUACGAGAUUUAUCCAUAUAACGAUGGCUUUCUUAUUGUACAUCAGUAAUUGAUACCCUGGAAAACCUUUUUUUCUACAAGUCUGGCUAAUUCACAUAGCUCCUGGUUUUUUGUGUUUUUAUUUUUGUUACAUUUGUGAUAUUACUGUUCCUCAUUGUAGGACGUAAAUGAUAACUAGGAGUUUUAUAUGCUGGAUAACCAACUCACAAACUAGAGUAUGGCUGUGGACAUGCUGCUCAUUGAUUUAAAUACAUAAACAGGGAGAAGCUGCUGUUUGAAUCAUUCUUGCCUAGAACCAUAUAGGCACGGAAAGUUUAACCCGAUAACAUGUGAAAUUUGAGCUUCUAGCCUUUUGAUGAUUCCUCAUCUUUCGCUCAUUUUAGACAAUAAGAGUUAUUAAUCAUUCAUGAUCAUCUGCUUCUCUUUAUGAAGAUUAAAGGUUGAACAUGUUUAAGCCUUCCUAAAUAUCCAGUUCAAUCUUCUGCAGAGAACACUUCCACUCAGUUUGGAGGGAUCAUUUGACUUCAUGAAGAUCAUCUCAAAUAAUCCUUCGAAGUUAUCCAUCAAUCUACAAGAGUCAGUGCUAUCACUUUUAUUAGAAUACACUGGCCAGGCUCGUGAAGGAAAGACAUCAGUGAGAAUGCCUCCCACGAUGUACAAAAGUCUGCAUCCACUGAUCAGCCUAUUGAUAUUCUCACCUGUCCAGAAGAUUCGAAGCAAAGUUUUUACUCUAGCAAAGACAGCUAUGAUUAGUACUGGUGCCUUUGAUCAUAAUCUCUCAGAAAUUGAAGCGUGGUUUUUGUUUUUACCUGGCUUUUACAAAGACAACUGCUCUGAGGAAUUUCACGGCGUUGUUAAGCUCAAAGAUUUGUCCACUGUAGUGAUUUCCUUCCUCUGUGAUGCUGUUUCUACUGUUGCGAAUAACUUAUAUAAAUAUCUGGAACAAUUGCGUGUAUUCAUCUCCCAAUUAAAUGGGCAUGAAGGUAACCCAUGAUUAAUUCGAUGUUUUGUCCUCAAUUUCGUAUUUCAGAGAAUUUAUUUAGCUAGGUAGAAUACAUCCAUUGUCUUGCACGUUAAAACAAGAAUCUUGACCACUUGCAAAGAAUGCGGCAUCAAAACUGGAUGCUGUCAAGGAUCUUUUACAGAAGCAACUGCUAUGUAAUCCUAUAAUGGAGAAAAAACCCACAAAAGAGACUCUUCAAUUUAAUGAGCUAAAUUUGACCUUAUUUGUUCGGAAUCUUUUGGUGGGAUGUGGAUACUCUAAGAAGAUAUCAUAUGUAGAAUAAAUUUUAUUGGAAAUAACUAUUUUAUUAAGUUCAAAGUUCGAACAUGUGUACACAUGGCUAUUGUUAUUUCGAAUUUCGAACAUGAUGCCUAAGCCAUGGCUGAUAAUAACCAUUUUAUUAAUCUUAUUUUAAUAACUUCAUAAACUUCAUAGAUUACAAUGAAUAUCCAAUGGAGUUGCAUAUUCGUUUUUAGAAAUCCACGGCAUUCACUGUCUUAGCCCAUUUUCUUUCAUGCAGAUAUCUGCCCUGAUUUCAGCCCCCUUGUGAUAUGUAUCCUCCAGAAGUGCAUUAGGGUGCUUGAAUCAGAUUCCAGGACAUUUAACUUAUCCGAGAGAUCAAUGAUUUCAUUGUAUGUGCACAACACUUUAAGCUUUAUUUUGCAGACUCAGGUAUACUUCUUUUCGCAGCUCCUAUACUUCUUUUCUGCACAUUCCUCCUUCAGUGUGUAUCAUGACAGAUGUUUACUUUUCGCAGGUAAACUUAAAAGUCUUACCAGGAAUCAUUGGUUUUAUAUUAAAAGGGAAACUGAAUGAGCCUCCUUUAGGGGGUCAUGACAAUUGUAGGAAGUCUCUUUGUGAAUGGAGACCACUAAAUGAUCUCUUACUUCUAGCUAUGGGAAUUUACCAACAACAGGUUUGUUACCCAUCGGUUUCUCUCAUAGGAAAGGUUGCCAAGGGAAGUCGGGGUUCUUUCUACAGUGUACUUAGUAAAGUAAGUGAGUUUUUGAAGAAUGAUGAUAGGGACGGCCUAUUUGCUGCGGCUACUGCCAUGUGCUUCUCCGUUGUAUGUGCGAAUCCUGAUGAAAUAUUAGAAAAUUUGCCAAUGCUUCUUGCUACUGUUCAUCAUCUUCCCAGAGAGCAUAUUCAGUUCUUGUCUUUCGUCCUAUUUCAGUGCGAGUUCCUAGGCAAUGCUGCUCACGGAUGGGAUGAGAUGUUUCUUUCUAGUAUGGACAGGGUUCAAUCCCUUGUCAGUAACAACCUUCAAGAGAUUGAUGCUGAUGAGAACUGUAGAGCAUCUGGUGUUUUAGAUAAACAUAGGGUAAUGUGUCUGUCAGAUGUUGACUCAAUGGAAUGUCUGGCUGUUGGAUUUAGUUUGCUCGUGGAACAUGCUCCUUUUUAUACUCUUUUUAGUGGAAUAAUGAAGUCUUGCAGUUGCAGUUUAUUGAAAUCCACGAAUGUGCGAGAUGUACUUCGGGCUAGGUUAGGAGUGUUUGCUGGUGACUGGACUUUACCACUGCGCUUCGUGCUUUUCUGGGCAUAUCAGAUUCGAUUGUGGUAUAGGACACGGCCAUCAAGUGACUUGGAACAGAUGUUUGAAUUAUGUUUAUACUUUGCUAAUCAUAUUUUGGACAAGAUUUUGUUUCGAUCAUCGCAUACUCAUGCUUUGAAGUUUGGGGACACGCCUAUUGACGCCGAUUAUGUUUUGAAAGCGGCUGACCUUAUAGUCCACCAUCCUGUUGUCACCUUGUCCAUCUUACAUCCUUUAUGUGAUAAUAGGUCUACGGAAGAAGAUUUACUGGAUGGUCUGAAAGCUGGUCUUGAAUUGUCUAAUAAGCAUGUUCACCCAAUGGAUGAUCAAAUCUUGCAUUUACUCAAAAGACAGGGUGAACUCCAAAUAUCUGGAGUAUCUGGAAAUGGAUCGAAUUCUGUGUCUAACCUCCAUGCUACGCUUUAUCAGUCAGUUAUAAAGGCUUUUAUACAGCUGAUGGAGCAGUUGGUGUUAUUGAUUAAGGAGAAAAUUGACUUGUUUAUCAUGGCAAAGGAUUUUGGAUCUCUUUUUCCUACCAUUCACAUCUUUCAUGCACUGAUGCAAUUUAUAUCUCCCUUUAAGUUGAUGGAAAUAGUGCAUUGGAUGCUCUGCAAAAUAGAGGAUAACAUUGGUUAUUGGGUCUCUGCGAAGGCCUCCACUCUUUCAGUUUUCUUUGAUGUCACUAACGUUGCACUGGAAAUUCUGUGCAAUCUUUUGAAGGAUACAACUGGGACGAUGUCUUCGUUUUUAUGGGAAACAAGAAACAGAAUCUCUUCGGAUUUUAUUGUACAGAAUGUCUACAGUAAGAUUCUUGAGUUUGCCAUUUGCUUCAGAUUAGACUCUGCAGACUUAUGUUUGCUGAAAGUGGUGAAUGCCAUUUACAGUCAGAAAUAUCAAAAAUCUACUUGGAGUACUGCCUUACUUCCGUCAGUUAUGCAGUUCUGUAGGAUUGUCAUGAGCAGUCCCAUGAAAUUGAUCGUUCACUGUAUCUACGAGACAAACAAGAUGAAAGCAAAGAUACUAUUUCAGUUGACUGAAGCGAGCCCACUGCAUAGGAGCUUAUUUGGUAUGGCAUUUUUAAGGUUGAUAAAAGAGUCGCCUUCCGUUGAUAUUUCAAGCACCGAUGGUGUGUGGCCGCCUAAAUUUGAGAUGAUUUCCGUAAAUUAUAGCCCAGAAUUUUCAAAUGAUGACUUACUACUCCUGUUACCUGCUGCCUUGUCAUAUCUGACCUCUGUAUAUUGUAAAUCUAGAAACCAAGGUCUUAAACUUUUUGGAAGCAUUCCUUCAUUUUACUCGAGGAUCCUUCUCAAAGGUUUUGGUGAUUGGCAGAGGUAUACAUCUGGGAAGAUAUUUUAUGAAGAUUUUAGCAAGUGUAAGCCUACAUCAGUGGAGCAAUUUCGCAGCUGUUUCAGCCGUACACUUCUUGGGAAAGCAGUCCACAUGUUGCACUUCUAUUUCAUCUCAAGUGUUGGGUCAAUGAAGAAGAGACAUCGUCUUGACACCUUUAACUCACUAUUUGAUUGCGGUGCUCCAAAUGAUCAGCUUCUUGAUUUUAAUGUGAAUGAAAUUGAUCCUCUUUCAUCUGAAGAUUCAUUUAACAUUAUUAACAGGGCUAUGGCAAAAAUUUCUUUUGCACAGUUGUUAUUUUCCCCCAAAACCCUCUCUCAUCUUUCCCUAAUACGUGUCGAUGAAGUUUCUGAGAGACCGUCUGGAAAGACUUCCAGUUCAAUGAAUGCAGCCAAACUAAGGUUUUUGAAUAUUUUAGUUCAUUCAUUGAAUAACCUGGUAAGAAGAUUUCCUUGGAAUCUGGAACACAUUAAUGAUACAGACAUUACAUACAUGUUCAGAUUUUUGGAGGUUCACAUUUUGGGAAUCAUUGUUCAGCUUUCCAUUGACAUGAAGAGUUUUCUAAUACAAUUGCCAACUAUUUCUUUCCUAAAUCCGUUCAUGAGAACUUCACUUCUUCAUCGGUUUGAUGAUCCUGCUACUCUGAGGGCAAUGAGGAUAAUACUCUGCAAGCUGGAAGCAAGGCCAUCUGCUUUGGACAUUUUGGAACUUUUGCUAGGGCACUCAGAAUUUGUCAACACCAUUCUCUGGAAUGAUCACGACGUUGAUUCACCUGCUUCCAUUAACAUUGGGACAUUGUUACAGCCAGUGCCAAGCAUUUUUAAAUUGCUCGAUUUUGUUUCCCCACUCAAAGCAGCAAUUGCCGGACAGCUUGUUGAUGAUGCAUCUUCUGGUUUGGGAGGCAAAAAACACUGUUUGUUCAUGAGGAAACUGGAACUGAUCAAAUUGCUUAGAGUACUGUUUUUUCUGAAGGAUCCACAGGAAAAUGUUGGAGUGAACUCUAGUGAAUUGCUUUCUUUGCUUUUGUCUGGGUAUGGUGCUACGCUAAGUGAAGUUGAUGUACAUGCCCUGUAUUUCAUGCAUGAGAUUGAGUCUGCAAAAGGACCAUGCUCCCAUAAUAUUGCAGACAUGGAUUAUUUGUGGGGGAGAUCUGCUAUAAAAAUCAGGCGUGAAAAAAAUUUCGAUAAAUUGUUGUCUUCCAACAACAUUGCUGACCUUGAAACAGAAGAUGAACAACGUCAAAGGCUCUUCAGAGAGAAUAUUCCAUUGGAUUCAAAAAGAUGUAUGAUGACAGCGUUGCAUUUUAGCUAUAACAGGGCAGAACUAACUGAGCCUAUGUCUCUGAAAAAUCUUUUAAACGACAAUGCUAUGAAGAAGUUGGAGGUACCUCUUCCUUUUACUUUGUUUGAUUACUGGUGCUUUACUAAUUUUCUAGUCUGCUUUAUUGGUUGUUAAAUUCUUUCUUGGUAAUAGGACAUAUUUCUUGAUGAACUUGCUGCAGAUGCCAUCUUCAAGUGUUAGUGAGACUCAGCCAUAUGAUCCUGGUUUUAUCUUGCCAUUUUCAAUUCAUUGUCUACGUAGAGGAUAUGUUGUGCCUAUGGAAUUUGUCCGGUUAGGUCUGCUUGCUGUAGUGCUGGUUAGCAUUUCUUCCACUGAUGAAGAUGUAAGAAAGUUGGGUUAUGAGGCCCUUGGGACUUUCAAGGCAAUUUUGGAGGUAUGACUUGCCUUUCUUUGACAUUCACUUCGUGAAACUUGUAUUCUUGGAUUUCAAAAUGUUAUUGAAUGCUGAUAUUUAAAUUCAGGCGAGUUGCUGAAGAGAACAUGAAUCAACAGUAUGUCCUGUUCAUUAUGCAUCUGGGUGAUUGUCUUUUCUUUAUUUUUCUGGGGCAAUCGUGGAGAUUAUCUUAUUACACUGAAUUUUCUAAUCAUUUGGACAUCACGACCAUAUUCGUAUUCAGUUGUAUCUCUAUCCUCAAUUCCAUUUCUGUUUUUGUUUGAAUAUUCAAACUCUGAAGGAUGCUAUACAAAUCAACUAUAAAUCACCACAGUUAAGGAUGCUAUAUCAAUAAAAUAUUCUAGUCAUGACAAUAGAGAGCACAAUAAACGCUCCUAUUGUGUGAAUAGUGUGAGGUAGUUCCGAAAAUGUCUCUUUCAAGGGACAGCAUUUCAGAGAUAAAAUGAGACAAGCGUGGCCUUAAGCAGAGAUGAUCACGUGAAGCAGCAGAAAAUAGAAGUGGCAAUGGAAGGAACUGCUAUACGUAGAAAUAGCUGCAGUAAACUGUUACUCGGAGUAGGAAAUUAAGAUAAAAUACAGUGAGGAAAGCUAUGCAGCAUGAGCCAUAGCAUGAUAGCAUGUAUCACGAUUGAAUAAUGGCGUGAUAAGCUUGUAAUGUGGAAUCAUCCGCUAUCAUGCAACGUUGAGAAGAAAUUAUGAUGCUUGAUGGCACUACUUAAAUAGCACCAUCACCUGGUCUCUCAACUGCCCAUCUUGGGAUGCCAUGUUCUCUUGACUGGUCUGUCAUUUGAUGAGAUUCAUUGAAGUAGGUGGUUGUAAUUUGAAAGUUUUCUAUAUGUCAACGGUGAUAAGCUCAAAUCACUGGAUGGCCAUGUUAUCUGUUAUUACAGAAAGGAAAAACGGCAGAGAGGGUGGCGGGAAGGAGACAUUCAGAAGUAUCAAAUCGCUUUUCUUUCUCUGUCACCUGAAAAGAAAUAAGAUUAGCCUGUUUUAUUCCGACGGUUCAGGAAAGAUGAAAUUGGUUGAUAUGUAUUUUCUCCUGCAAGAGCUCUUUUUUAUUGUCUUUAGGGCAUAAGACAUCCUAGCGAACAUUGGACUGAAGAGGAUAACUACCUAACGAAACCCAAAGUUACAUUGGGUUACUUUUUAAAAUAUUCGUAAUUUAGCUCCCGGCUUGCUUCAUAGCAUCAUCGACAAGCAUUAAGGCAGAUCUUGCAUUGAGGAGGCUGACCAUUUUCCUGUAUCAUAAUCAGAAGUGUGUAGCUGAAGCUGUUCGUGGACAUAAAUUCUGUGUAAAAUUUCUACUAUAAAUGUGGAUAUUACAUUAUGAUUUGCCUUGAAGAGGCAGAGUUUUGCUUUGCAUCAUGCUCUGAAGUGUGUACAACUGAGCUCAUUCUUAUUUAUAUCUAAGAUUUUGUUUAAGAUUUCUUGCUUUGUCCACAAAAUACUCUUGUUGAUUUUUGAAUUAUUUACAGAGUUACCGGAGCAGUAAGGAUAUCUUACAACUCCAGCUGCUUUUGUCAUAUUUGCAAAACGGUAUUACAGAGGAGUAUCAGAAGAUUCCAUCACUCACUGCUAUAUUUUCUGCAGAAGCUUCCUUCAUACUGUUGGACCCCUCACACAAUAGUUUUCAGGUUAUUAGUAAAUUUUUGAUGCAUUCACCCAGGGUGGAUUUUAAGGUAUUCGACAUACGCAGAAUGAGUUAUAUUUAUUCCUUUGAUGCUUUUAUUGCUGCUGUCUUCUGGCUUAUCAUGUUGGACAACAUUAAUAUAUUGUAUUGGCUCUACUUGCAGGAUGUGCCAUUAUUCCAAUCGUCUGUUGCAAGUAAUUCGAUUCAUUUUAAGGCAAACUUUUUGUGGAUCCUUAAGCUGUUAUAUCUAGGUGUAAAUUUUGAUGAUGACGCUCGAGUUUUUACAAGGAAGCAUCUAUUUGAGCUUUUGCUAAGUUUUUAUGUUUCUUCCUUGUCUGAUUCAGAGACAAAGGUUCUUAUUCUUCAGGUAAUUUAAAGCCUUAGUUUGCCAUUUAUUCUUUGUAUGAAAUAGCUUUGUAGUUAAAGCGCUGCCAGAGUUAUUUUCUAAUGCUUCAUUUUUCUCCUAUUCUCUUUUUCUUGUACCUUUGUGCCACUUUCUUGUCAUCCUUUUUUCAACCUUUCUUGGAUCCGAUGGACAUCCUGUAAUAAUGGGCAUUUGCACUCCAUUGGCCAUUUGUGUCUAGAAUGAUGUGCGGGUACUUACUUAGCAAACUUUGACAGUCUUCCUGUUAGCCAGAUGCGCAAUAAGCCUAGUUUCUGGCACGAAUGUUUUUCCAAUUCGAUGAUUUUUUUUUGUGGGCUACAUGCAUACCAGUUUUUUGUCUGAUACCCUUUCAGAAGAAGAGAGGUUAUUUUUUUCAAGUAAUGAGGAGUGAAUAACAGUAUAUAUUUUUGUUCUAGUUUUUUUUAGAAAUGCCAGCUGCUGUUUAUCUAAAGUAUAUCCCGAAGCUCAAUAAAAUUCGAUUUUAGUGAAGGAUCAUAAGGUGACUCACCAGCAUUUUCAUUUUUAUCAUCGUAUUCUUGUGUUGACUCAGAACUCGUAAAUUACUGCUGCUCUAUUUCUGACUUGGAAUCAGUUAAAGUGCUUCACGUUUAUCAUGCAGAUAGUGAAGAAGUCUGUUAAGUUGCAUAUGCUGGCAAAUAUGUUAGUUAAGCAUCAUGGUCUCAUUUCGUGGCUGUAUUCUGUAAUCUCAUUCAAUGCAAAGAGGUUGCAAGGAGAUCAAAAAGAGUUUUCUAUGAACCAGAUGGUGACUGCUUUAGAGGUAUGUACAACUGAAAUUUUGUAAAAAAAAUAAUUUUUUUCAUCCCGUCUUUUAUUAUAUGUAUAUAUAUGGUUCUGAUCUCUAAUGCAUAUGUUACUGUUCUUCAGAUCAUUCUUUAUUUUCAAGUCCUUAUUUUCCAUUUAUCGAUACAAUGUGGAAAACAUGGACGCUAGUUCAUUACUUUUUGAUCUCUCUCUCUCUCUCUCUCUCUCUCUCUAUCCCUCUGUGUACAUUUAUUUGAAGGUGUAUUAUUUUCUGUAUCUAUGUGUAAGUGUCGAAUGUAUUGGGUCGGAAGAGGUUUUCCCUUCCCACUGUGAAACGAAUCUAAUGAUGGAAGAUCAGGUUCUCUGUACCUCUUACCCCUGGUGGAUGGACUUCCCGCCUCCCCCCUUUUUUAUCUAUAUCCUUCUCUCUCUUUAUAUAAACAUAUGUAUGCUAUUCUCCCGUCUCUAAAUAUAUAUAAACAGAUGUCUACAUAUAUAUAUGCUGUGUACUAUGUAUAUAUAUACUGUUUGUGGCAGGAGCUCUUUCCUCCCCAUUGAGUAGAAGCUAAUAAAUCUAACAAUAGUGGAUCGUGUGCUAUUUCCCCUCCCCAAACUAAGUGGAACUCUCUUUCUGUUCUCUUCUCUAUAUCUUUCUAUCCCUCCUCCUCUCUUCCUCCUUCCUAUUCUCUUCCAGAAUGAAAAUCUGUCUUCAUCUCGAUACAAGAGGAAUGGAUUGGAUGUCUUCUGGUAUUCCUCACUCCAACUACAACCAGGAUAUUUAAUGCUGCCAUUCUUUUCCAAUUAAUCCUUAACGUGGCUAUGUGAAAGCUUAAGUGACAGACAACCUUUCAAAAGAAAAUCUGAACCUGUUGCAUUGUUUUCUAAUGCUUCCUCUGCUUUCCUUUUUUCCUUGCUCCUGCACCAUUAACUCAGCGCUGAUUAUUUUCUUGAUUACUUUUGAACGACAUUAAUCAAAGGUUUAAUGGCACUAGUGAUCCGUGGACGUAAGCAUGUAUGGCUUGAUAUAGUGUCAGAAUACACUCUCCGAAUUUCAGUUCAUUUCUCCCUAAGAAGAGAUUCAUGGAUACUUUUCAAAUGUGUUGGUAUGGAGAACAGAAAACCGUCUAAAAGUUAGAUGUAAGGAGAGUCAAUAGUUGUAGGAAAGAUGCGCUGUUGUCCCCACUAAUGGAAGCAUUUGAGGGGAUUGAAGAAGGCUGGUAGAUUUUGACCCAAUAUUGCAUGGUUUGAUAAUAUUAACCCAUAUGACCAACGAUUAAUAAUAACUGACUAGACGAGAAAGCUUGUGUGUUUUUAGGAAGUGCGUGCUAAAUUAUUCUCAUUAAGAUCUUGGCAUCUAAGAUAGAAAUGGUUGUGGAAUCCCCAUCCAUCUUAAAUGCGAGGGGGUCCUAAAUUGUCGAGAUAUUAUAGAUGGUAUGACUGUUUUACUUCCCACCAUUAGAAAAAAAUGUAACAGAACAUUUUCCACCACAACGUCUUCUACCAACCUUCCUCUGCGUUUUCUGCGACUUUCAUCAUUAUGAUUUUUUGGCUUCUUUGGUUUGAAACGUUAAUGAUAUAUCCUCAAACAAUUGUGCGAAUGGUUGAUGAAAGUAAGGGUUACGUGAUAGCCAUCAUCUCAUAUAUUCAACAGAACCACAAAAAUAUUUCUUCUUGUUGGAAGUUAGAGGUUGGUCUGGGAGCUUACGAGACUUCCCUUUGUGCCAUAAAAGUUGACGAGUAAAGCAGAAAUGUAGGAAUCUCAACUUGUUGUGUGCAACUUCUCAACCAUAAAAGGUUGUAUAUUUUGUUUUGUGUCCUCAUUCGGUCGUCUUUUCUCAAUGUUUCAUUUGUAUAAUGAUACUUUCUGAGUUAUGUCCUUUUAAUAGGCUACUUUUACUCCUGCAUGUGAAGAAAGUGAUUUAUUGUUUUUCUUCUAAACUUAGGUCGUCAACAGUUUGGUUUCAUUGAGACCCAUCUGCGAAUGGCUCAGAGAUGAUGCCCUUGAACAACUAUCAAAACUUUCACAACUUCUGCAUUCGAUGUUUGUUGGCUCCUCGAAAUUAUUGAAAGAUAAUGUUUCUUUGAUUGAUCCUAUUUUGGCUGUAAUAAUAUCAACCUUGAAGAUAUCACAGGAAAGAAAGAUAUUCCAGCCACAUUUUCACUUAUCAAUUGAGGCCUUGUUCCAACUUUGCCGAACUAUAGACUCUGAGGUGAAGGAUACAAUAUCAUGUUCUACAGUUUGCCUGGGACUCACAACCAUUCUUAUGAGCACACCUCCUCCAGUCCGAUCCCAGAUGGUAUUUUUCUUUCUCACUUACCAAAUUGGAUUUAUAUGAUGCGUGGAUUUUAUUUUUCAGUUUUUAUAAUUUUCUUAUAUCUUCUACUUGAGCCAGCGCUUAGUUUAACCUAUGUCCCUGAUUCAUUAACGCUUUUUCGAAGUCUUGGAAUUUUUUUGCGCUAUAAUCUUUGUCGGAGGUUGUCAGUAUGCUUCACCUUACUUUUAGUUGUCCAGUGUCUUAAAGGAAUGAACAAUUGAAUCGUCAACCAUAUAUGUGGAACGUUAAAUUAAAUCGCAAUUUGGGGUUUCAUAUGGCCGUUAAAAUGCAUUUCUUUUUUUUUUUGUACACACGGCUUUCAGUCGAUCUUUUAUGCAUGAAUGUUCCCUUUAGUAAGAAACACACAAUAUUUUGACCAAAUAAACCAUUUUUUACAUCAACCAAAAAGUUCCUGUUUCAUGUGAUGCAACGCCGAACUAAAGGUUACUUAAGGUUCUUGCUUCUUUAGGUAAUUGAAACCCUGUCAAGCGUUCUCCCAUUAGUAGGCUACCUAUUUGAUUCCCAUGAUGGAUCAAAGGAGAUUUGUUGAGUAGUAUCCAGGAUGAUACCAUGAUUCGCACUGCGAUAUGAAAGAGAGACAAUUACAGUUAACUUAAUCUCAUCGUCCAGAAUGUUCAUAUGAGACGAUCUCACAGCCCGAUCAGGUUAAAAGUUCAUAUCCAUUGAUGAAUAUAUUUUUAGUUCAAUUUUCCCUUGGAAUUUUAAGUAACAGAGAGUGAGAUUGAUUUUGUAAAAUCCUGAAUGAUCACAGGGACAGACACACAAAACGCAUAUAUACAUACUCGUGAUGUAACUCCGUAUGUACUUGAUGAGAUUAUUGAUGGCCUGAAAAGCUGAUAUCUCAUUACUAAUGGCCAAGAAAAUUAUAGCUUGCUGAUAUUCGUUCUUCAUCAUCUAUGUCUAUUAUUUCGUCAAUUUUUCUUGUCCAAUAUUAUGGUUUGCAUAUGUAGAUAAACAUGUUUUCUUGUUUAACAUUUUUUCUUCCUGGGCACUGGAUGGAUGUCAUCUGUUAGAGAGCGUCAUCGUGUACCCUUCUUGUUUCUUUUCUUUCUCUCUCCAACCACGGCUUCUUGAAAUUUUAAGUAAAUGUCAUGAAUCUCUUGCAGACUGGAACUGAAUAAGAAAUACAUGUAAGAGCCAGUCCGUUUCGGUUCCACUGAGACUGACUCAAAUCUUUCUUUAAUACUUAUUUUUGUAAAACAGUUAAUAUAUACAAUUUUUUUACUUUAUCGUCACAAAUAGAAAGGAGCUUGAUCUGAAUGUAUGAUCUUUCUCCAAGUGAAACUGAUUCUCAAUGAGGUAUCGAAUUCGUGAUUCUAAUGCCAGAAAUCUUUGUAGUUUUGUUGGUGGUAGAAGCCUUUUGUUUCGUUUUCAAGUAAUUAAACAGUAUGAAAAUCUGUACGUACUUCUGAAACGGUUCCUCUUAGUAUUGUCAUCUAGAUAACCUCUUCUGAGCUGUUUUUCUAUGGUCUUACUUCUCACAGGAUGAAAGGAGAAAAUUUAUUCUUGUUGUAAAAGGAUAGUUCAUCUUUUCUCCUAUGUUUGGCUUGUUAGGCUAGGUUUCAACGUUUUCUUGUUUUUUUUUUUUUUCUUGAUGUCGUCUGUUUCUACAUGUUUCAUUUAUUUAAUGUGCUCAUAAAAUGCUUAUUUUGAUCACCAGUCUUUUGACUUUCAACCCUCGUGGUUCUGUAGGAUAAAGCAAAAUUAUUAAAUGUUGUUAUGUGGGCAGUCUCCGCUUUACAGUCAUAUCCAAUACAAAAAUCUGAUCCCAAUGUUGCUCGCUCAUCGGAGGAAGCGCAAAUGGAGGAACCAGUUUUGUCGAAGCUUUUACGUUGGAUAACAGGUUCAAUAAUAUUAGGAAAUAUUUCGGAGAAAAAUAACGGAGAACACAUUCCUUCCUUACCGUUGGAAGAGAUAAGUAGAGAAUCUCUACAAGUGCUGUUGGGAAAGGUCACCUGGCUAGAAAUUGAAAGUCAUGAUUGCCAUAGCAGCAACACCUUAGCUGCUAUUAUUUUGCAUCUCCAGUAUCUCCUUGGAACAGAAUGUGUAGCUUCUUCCUCAGUUGUCUCAGCACUAAGCUUGCUGCUUUUUCACACCUGCAAUCAAACGGGUACGUCGCAGUCAUUUCCGGACUUUCUAUUCCUUUUUGUUGUCGGAUCUGAGAAGUUGGUGGAUUCGCAUGUUCUCAUCCGAUAACUAAACAAACUAAAGCACCUACAUGUAUACAUCUGAAUUGGUUUAUUUAGAUUGCGCAUCCAAUAUCAGACUUUCCUAGUUUGUCAUGUACUUCCAUUUCUUUGCUGAGAGCUUCUUUUGUUGGCGUGUUAUAGAUUAACUCUAUUUGGAGACAAACUAACGAUUACUUUUGUUUCACUUUUCUAAGAUGUACCGCUGCCUGAAAAUAAUCUCCUAAUUAUAAUAAUCAGUAAUUAGGGCAUAAAUUUAAGGUUUCUCUUGAGCAAACAAUUUUAAGGUUGUUUAUUUACUUUUGGCUAGUUCCACAGGUUGUCAACUAUUGAGGAACAAGGUUGUCCCCCUAUCUCUGUCAACUGACUUUUUUUAUGAAUUAUCUAGCAUUCAAUUACUGAUCAUGAAUCCCAUUAAAAUUUCAGAAACAAGUUUGCUGUGUUUCACUCUUGAAUGUAAAAAUUUGAGUAGGAAACCUGUUUUGCCACCUACCCUAGGUUGUCCAAAUUUUCUGUAAGAUGACGUCAGGCUAAUGAUGCAGCUAUAUGUGGUACUAGCAAACCUAAAGGUCAAACGGCAAUAAACUGUCAUUUUGGGAAGAAAAUGUCGGCACGUUAUCGGACGGGCUAGAACACCAAUAGCACUCGGGACUUCAUAUUAUCCUCAAGUUUCGAAAAUGAGAGAAAAAACUGGAAGACCGUUUAGUGGUUGAAUCAUAAUUUGAACCCAACUUGAGAAUUUGAGCUAGAAGAAUUCGUGGAUGAAGGAGCUUUAUAGAUGGACAGAUAAAUUUAAACGGGAAAUCUUUCAUUUUCGUCAUGAAUGCUAUGAUGUUCAAUAAGUGGUGAGCAUAUAAAAAAAAAUUAAAUGGUGGGGAUUUAAUCAGUUAUUGUCGGUAAUACAUGCUUUAAACAAAGAAAUUUCGCAUCUAUAAUGAAAGAUUCUCCAGACAAAAAAUUAAUUUAAUUUUUGAAGCGUCCAUAAUCAUAUACUGUUUCAGCUCCUUGUCACAUAUUAUUUUCCCUCGUAUACUGCAAUUAUUUGUAUAAUGAAAAAUCUAUCACGCAAACUCGAUAAUUUAUCUGACUCUACACAAAACCUUGAUACAAUCUCAAAAAUAUUGGAGCAGAGACGAAGUAUAAGGACGAAGAUCUCAAAAGUAUUAUCGCAUCACUUUGUGGAAAGAUGAGCUGCCCUAGUGAAGCUAGUCCCGCUUGGAGGUGGUAAGUUCCCUGUUUCGAUAGUUUGCUGUAUAAAAGCUUCUCGAGCUUGCUCAUCCUAGUUCAUCCUUGCAUGUUUAGUAAGUGCUCUCUGUGACCAUCAAGAGAUUGGAGGACGGCUGAAGAUUAUUAGGGUUCUAAACUGCUUGCGCGCUCAAGACCUGAUGCGGCAGACCUUCCAUUUUACAGGUCCUUCGACCGGCCAUGGAGGGAUCUCUCCACAGAAAGAACCCAUUUGCAGGGCAUGGAAGAAGAACACUCUUUUCAAACGCUCCUGCUCUUAUUUUCAAAUGCCUUGGGAGCCGAGCCGGGCUCCCACAUUCAGCUGUACGAGGAUGUGGAAAAUUCUGGCCUGUUCGCGUGGGAAAAGAGCCUACUUCUCAGGAAUGACUAA